CAAAACAAAAACAAAAACAAAAUCAAAAUAAUUAAAAAGAAAGAAGGAAAAGGAAAAAUAGAAAUUGGGAAGUACGUGUACAGAUUGUGCCAAGUAUUCUACUGUUGUAGAUUAUCUCAUCUGGCAAGAUUUUCACAUAAUUGAGGCUGUCUACUUAUAGGCAGAGAUGAGGAAUUUUCAGAAGCAUUUCAGGUUCUUUCUUCAGGUUUAACUGCCCACCUCUGAUCAUCAGCCACACCUGUAGUGUGUGUCCCAUAGUAUUCACCUGUAAGAGAAGUGUGUGUGUGUUUGUGGUGUGACUGUGUGAUAUGGAUCCACCACCAACCAUAGUCAAAACCUUCAAGUACAAUUCCUCCCAGCAGCCCAUGUUCAGUGUCUUGGAACCCCCACUUCAUUACAGAUCAUCUUUGAAUUCGACCACCUUUGAAGAUAUAUCUUUCUCCUCCUACCUCAAAUCCAGCGAUCCCUGUCAGAAAGAGAAUGAUUGCCCGGUUAAUGAUGACACAGAGAUAAGCAUUUUUGAUGCCCAGAAGUACUUCAGCGAAAACAGUGAUCCCAAAGACAUGAUGUUCAAGACACAGCAGCAACAGCAGGAUCCUUCGUCCCAAGAUCUGAGGUUGUCGUCGGUUUCGUCUGUUGAUGGAUUCGGGAGGAAUUACAGGACGAGAUCGUUCAGGGCCACGCCAACAGCCUCGUCUGAGGCGAGCUGGAACAGCCAGACAGGCCUGUUGGCGAAUCCUCCGGGCUCGAUUGGAGUUUCCCUCAGGAAUUUUCCGUCUGGUGAGGGUAAGAAAAGAAGCUCUAUGGCUAAGAAAUGGAUUUUCGGGCGGAAAUGUUGCUGCACUGGCAAGGAAUCUGUUCAGGUUAAGGAAGUAACCUCAGACUCGGAACACGGGGGACCAGGAAUCAGGGAUGAGAAUAACAACAAUGGUAAAGCCAACUAUUUGUGCUCAAAAAGGGAUUCUCACAAGGCAAAAACAGUACAACCUAGUAUGUCCCAGAGAAGUUCGAUCGCAAAUGAUGUCGUGGAAAUCCACCAACACAAAGUUAUGGCUCCAACCCCUGUACGGCUGUCGCUGGAGAAUGCCAACAGUUUUCCGCCAGCUGGUACGCCGCGGCAGCAGCGCGUGUCAUCUUUGGGGCGGCCGUUUCCCGACGGGACAGGGGGUUUUUCGUUUCCGAUAUUAAGCCCGUCGAGUCAGGCCACCAACAAGACUGCCCUGAAAGGAAUCGUGACAAAAGCAGUGAUUGUUAAUCCUAUCGAAGAUCCACCUCGUGAAUCGUUGGAAGUUUUCCAGCCAAUACAGGAGCCGCCACCGGUCACGUGUAUUGAAAACACUGUCGGUGUUCGGCCACAAUUUAGUCCUGGAAGUCCAAUUGCGCGUGCGACAAAUACAGACGACGAUCUGGGCAGCGAUGCUAGCUCAGACCUAUUUGAGAUCGAAAGUUUCUCGACUCAAACUACUUCGUAUCCGAUGUAUCGGAGGAGGGAUUCUUUGGAUGAAGCCCCUACGUUCAAUGCAAGAAGAUUUGCGUCCGCCAAUGGCAUCAAUUUUAACAGUAACAACAGUAUUCAAUACGGUAGAAGAAGCCUGGACGAGCCCCCAACGCCGAGCGUGGCGGCGACAGAGUGUUAUGCUCCUAGCGAAGUUAGCAUUGACUGGAGCGUGACUACCGCCGAGGGAUUCGACAGGGCGAGCGUCUCCAACUUCUCCGUCUCCGCCUCGGAAGUGGGGAAUACAGCGACAUUCUUGAGGCAGCGGCAGGAGGAAGCCCGCGGAGGGGAGGGGGGCGAUGGAGGGAAGAGAAAGGGGAAUGGAGGGCUGCUGCUGAUGAGCUGUCGGCAGGAGAAAGCGGUGAGCGUGGGUCCACAGCCGGUAAAGUGCGCGGCGCCGGCGGCGGAAGGCCCACCGGUUUUGCAACUUCAUGUGGGUGGUAGGCCACCACGGGCUAAUAAGCCGCCGAUGGGGAGCUCUCAUUCUGCACGCCUGUCACUUGCUUUUGCGGCAUGAGAACUUGGGAUGUUUCAUGGGCUGUUUUGUCUGAAUUUGCAUUGCAGCACUUGUCCAGUCUGGCGAUGCAGUAUUUCUUCGAUAUUGGUUGUCUCCUUUUGUAAUCUUGAUAUGUGCUACUUCAUUUUCAUGGGAAAUUUGUGGGUGCAGUGUGUAAGAAUUGUACGAAUACGUAGUUCUCUUAAGAUUUGUGUUUCUGUUUUAAGUAUCUUAGGACAAAAUCCCAACUUUCUUUCUCCUCUCUUUCAAGAAUGAAGACUUCUUCA